CGGGGGACGGAGACGGUCGGCGGGAGAAGUGUUGACGACGAGCGUUGUUGACCCGGGUGAAAGUUUCAUUAGCCACUCGCGACGUCCUGCCGUCCCCUCCCCGGUUCUUUCGGUUCAGCCGUGAUGCCCUGUUGCGGUGCUGGAAGUGACCUGUGGACUGCAGACGCGUAGAGGCCCUGCGGUGGGUGCAGGCUUGGCAGGAAGAAGACUGUCAAUCUAAAAAGUCGAGCCUCGCGAAAAAAAAAACAAACCCGCUCGUGGAUUGGUCUGGUCUUGGGAGGUUUUGACUUCGUUCCUUGGCCGGUGACGCAAGUCUGUGCAAUAAUGGAGCCAGGUCAGGAUUCAGCUAUGCAAGAAAAUGAAAAUGCAAGAGCAAUUGAAGAUGAGUACAAGAAAGCUUUUGUGUAUAUUAAUAAAGCAUUGAAUGCAGAUGAAUUGGGUCAAAUAGAAGCAGCAAAGAAUUAUUAUAGGCAGGGGCUUACCCACUUAAGCAAAGGAGUUCGUAUUCCAUCAGAAGGUCUUGAAGGCACCAAGAGCCAUGCUAUACCUGUUAGGCAAAUGCAGCAAAAGAUGAGAGAAACUUUAGAAAAUGUUACUGCUCGUUUGAGACUUCUAGAUGAAAAUUCCCAAGUAAAUAUCACUACCAUUAGCUCCAAUAUAGAGAUGCCCAAAUUAUAUCCAACAAUUCCAUCUAAAGAAAAGCCUGAGAAGCCUCUUGUGCCCAGUUCAUUGACAUCACCCCCUCAACCACUUUCAAGCCAUGGAAAUAUUGGAUCUACAAGCCAAGGGCAAAUGGCUGCAGUGAGUCCAUCAACUUCAAUGCCCAAUGAAGCACCUCCUGCUUAUACUCCAGAGGCCACUGAUGGCCACUAUACUGUGUCUUAUGGGACAGAGUCUGGGGAAUUCUCAUCUGUUGGAGAGGAUUACUAUAAAAAAUGUACUCAGCCACCUCCCGUUGAUAAUUUUGGAGUAGAUGCUGAUGAAUUAAUCCUCAUUCCCCAUGGUGUGCAGAUUUUCUAUGUCACCCCUGAUGGACAAGUUAGUGCUCCCUCAUAUCCUGGAUAUCUUCGCAUUGUAAAGUUUUUGGAUACAGAUGCUGCAACCGCCCACAAUCGUCCUCCUGCUUUCCUUCAGGUUUGUGACUGGAUAUAUCCUCUUAUGUGCAGCCAGUCUCCUGUUCUCUCAUGCAGGACUGGAGUCUAUAUGUUCCCUGAUAUGAUGGCACAGGUAUCAGGAUCCUAUGUAGGAGUAGUGUUGUCUUCAGAACUUCCAAUCGCUGACCGAGAACUAUUUGAAGAUCUAUUGAAACAGAUGACUGACCUUAGAAUACAGAUUCAGGAAGACACUAUUACAACAAAAAUGAUGGGAAUACUUGACCAGUUGCAAACAGCUCCAAGAUCCCGUGAGGGAGUAGGGUUUCCAUCAGAAUGCCAAAGGUCUUACAAAGAACUUUUUGAGGAUAUGUUAAAACAGAUAUCAGAUCUUGGAACUAAGCCUGCUGAAGCUUCAAGUGAUGUGAUCAACCUUGGUCAAAUUGUACGUAUUCAACCAGUGCCUGAAGAGAGAGAUCGUGAAUUACCUGACUGGAGUGAGAAAAUAGCUCAUGGCAUCUUAUCAGGAGCAUCCUGGUUGAGCUGGGGUCUGGUCAAAGGAGCAGAAUAUACUGGAAAAGCAAUCCAUAAAGGAGCCUCUAAAUUAAGAGAACACAUUCACCCAGAAGAAAAACCUUUGGAGGUCAACCCAACUGUAGCAAAGGGACUGCAUGUGGCAAGGCAAGCUACAGGGGGAGCAGUCAAAGUCAGUCAGUUCUUGGUUGAAGGUGUUUGUUCUGUGGCAAGUUGUGUUGGCAGAGAGUUAGCCCCUCAUGUGAAGAAACACGGAAGCAAACUGGUUCCAGAAUCCCUUAAGAAAGACAAAGAUGGAAAAUCAACUUUGGAUGGUGCUCUAGUUGUAGCAGCAAGUGGAGUUCAAGGGUUUUCAACAAUAUGGCAGGGUUUGGAAUGUGCCGCAAAAUGCAUUGCUAAAAAUGUAUCUACAGAGACAGUAAAGACAGUCAGGUUCAAGUACGGGGAUGAUGCUGGCCAAGCUACAAAUAAUGCUGUGAGUUCUGCCAUUAAUGUUGGUGUAACAGCUUUUAAUAUCGACCAUAUUGGAAUCAAAGCUAUGGUCAAGAAAACUGCAAAGGAAACAGGCCACGCAGUCCUGGAUGAUUAUAAGAUUACUGAAAAAGAUGAAAAUAAAGCUCUACAAAAGAGAGAGAAAAAAGAUGAACAAUAAAUCCAUGCAACUGAAUUGCCAAAAGCCUUAAUAUAUAUUUAAAUGAAAUGAAUUAACAGAUUUGGUAUUUUUAUAAUCUUCAACGUCUGGACUUAAUUUAUCAAACUUGAAGAUUAACCCUUUCUAAAAAUUAUUUCUCUUCCCAUAAUUCCAGUAUUGCAGCCUCUUUCAACCCAGCGCUUUCCACGUGUGAAACCAACUUCUAUCUAACAUGGUACCUUAGCACAUCUAGAGAACAUCAGGUUGCAGAAGGCCAAUUUAAAUGAAAACUAAAUUUGCAAUAGCACUUAACUUGCACAAGGAAACAUGGCUGCUUUUUAAGUUGUAAAAUGCAGUAUUAGAAUUUAGUUUGAUAUGUACUGUUUUAACAACUUCUACUUAAUUUUUUUCCUGAAUCUUAUUUAAGUUAUUUCAACUGUACCUGAUUUGAUUAGGUAGCAUAUAUAUUUGAACUGUAUUACAUAAACAACUGAUUAAGCUAGCAAAUUCUUAAGCUAGCAAAGUCAGUUCCAAUUCUAGAGAAACCAAAGAUUGAUAUUGUCACUAUUACUGUUAUUAAUUCACUUUAGUUUAAACCAGCUUUAUGAAAUUCUAGUUUUAAUUGGAAUAGAUGGCAAAAUAUGAUGUUGAAUUGUAUGAAAAAAGAUUUCUGCUAAAAAAAGUAAGGGUCCAUUUAUGGAGGAAGAAAAAGUUUUGUACUCAAUAUUUAUUGUAAAAUCAUUUAUUAUAAAUUAUUUUAUUGAGAGGUCUGUAUUAUUCAGAAAUAUAUCUUUUUGCCUUGUAAGAGAAUGAAAUUCAUUUUCUGUUAGACAUUUACAUUUCCUUCUCUUUAAUAUGAAAAAAGCAGUUGCUAUUAAUGUAGAAUUUCUAACUUUUAGAGGUUACUUCUAAACCUCUAAAAUUGAUAUGGAAUUUAAUACUGGUGGUCAAAUGUAUAGCAAAAAGAUAGUACGUUCACUGGUUAAGGAGCUAAACACUUGAAAUGACUUAUGAAUUUAAAAUUAUAAAUAAACUUAAGAUGCAUA